GUCCGCACAUCCGGCUGAUUGAUUCGUGGACCACCCGUUCGCCCUCCUGCCUCUGUAUCGGUGCGAUCGCAGACAUUCUGGCUCAAGGGGUCGCGUGGGCCCCGCAGCGUGCGGCGGGGCCUUCCUGACCCCGGGCUAUGGCAGCGGGAGGGCCCGUGCCCAAGGGGGAGGUCGAGUUCGCCCUGCGGGCCUUGCAGAACGAGGGCGUGCGGGUCGACGGGAGAGGCCUUACUGCCUCGAGGCGUUGCGGGCUCAAGUUCGGGGCGGAGCACGGCGAGGUGGAGGUGACCUUCGGGGCCACCAGGGCACUGGCCGUGUGCAGCGGCGAGAUCGUGCCCCCCGCCCCCGAGCGGCCGAACGAGGGCAGGCUUUCCUUCCAUGUCGACUUCGGCCCCAUGGCGUCGCCGAUCUUCGAUCUCGGGCGGCCGUCUCCGCAGGCGACCUCCGUGGCCAACUUCGUGGAGCGGCUGCUGCGAGGCAGUCGCGCUGUGGAUGCGGAGGCCCUGUGCAUCGUGGGCGGGCAGAAGGUCUGGAGCAUCCGCGUCGACAUCCGCGCGCUGGACGACGACGGCAACCUUGCUGAUGUGUCUGCGAUCGCGGCCUUAUGCGCAGUCAUGCAUUUCAGGAAGGCGGACGUGGACGUGAGCGGCGAGAGUGCUCGGGUGUACUCCACUGAGGAGCGCGUGCCCGUGCCACUGAGCAUUCACCACCUGCCGGUCCCAGUGACGUUCGCGCUCUUCCGCGGCGCGGGCAAGGGUGCGGACGCCGAGACGAUGUGGAUACUGGACCCCAGCCGCGUGGAGGAGGCGGCCAUGGCCGGCGCCAUGUGCAUUGCAGCGAAUCAGCACGGCGAGAUCUGCGGUGUGCACAAGCCGGGAGGCCUGCCUGUCGACAUCGCGUUGAUUCAGCACUGCACUGCCAUGGCCCAGACCCGCGCGAGGGAGCUCAUCGAGACCCUCAGAGCGGAGCUCGACGCAGACCUUGCGAGGCGGGCGCAGGGCCGCAAAAACGUGCACAGGCAGUUCGCCGAGGCGCAGCUGCUGACCGUGGACUGGGCGGCGACGCCUGCGGCCGGGUCCAGCGCGCCGGAGCCGCAGGCUGCCCAGCGGCUGGCGGCCUUGGCGCCCGCGGCGAAGGAAGAGUCAGUCUCGGUCGUCGCCUCGCCGCGGAAGCCCCAGCGGCGGCGGCCUGGGGCCGCCGCCGCGGCAAGUGCGGCGGAGGCCAGCGGCGUGGCGGCCAGCAGCCCGCCGCUGUCCGCGAGCGCAGCGGCCGUCGCAGCACAGCUGGCGCCUGGUUGUGACCUGGCUGCUGAGCUGCGGGCCGUGGCGGCCGAGAAGGCCGAGCUGGAGCGGAAGCUUCUAGCGGCCGAGGCCGGCGGCGCCCCGGUCGAGCCAUGCGCGCCAGGCGCGGGCGUCUCCCCUGCGGCAGGCGCGUCGCCACGCAAGAAGAAGCGCAGGAAGAGCGUCUCGACGGGCGCCGCCGCGGCCGCCUGAGAUCCUGGCCAUCGGCGCGGCGCCAGUGGGAUCCGAACCUCUUGAGAGUGGCCCAGCGGCGCACUGGGCUGGCCCAGUGAGCCCUGGGUACGCGCGGCCAGCAACAAAAAUAGUGCCCUUGUGCCCUGGACAUGUGUGCGAUGGGCUCUCCCUCAGAGAAGCA